CAGUGAUCCUGCAAGCUUGGAGUCGAUGCCUAUCUCCCAAAAAGCAAAGAGCGACGUGAAAAAGAUCCUUAGCUCGAAACAUCUUUUUUACAAGGAGAUGUGUGCGUACCACAGCGGCCAGAAAAUACCUGAUUGUCCUGAUAUCAAUUUGCAGAGCUGUUCGCUACCACAAGCUGCAUCAUCGAAAGAUGGCAAUCAGUGUGUUGAUGGGGAGGAGGAGGAGGAGGAGGAGGAGGAGGAGGAGGAUGAGGCGGAUCACGAUGAAGGGGAUGAAGAAGAGGGGAGCGAAGAGGUUGAGAGAGGGAGCUUUGAGAGUUUCCUUGCUGAAUUGGAUGCUGUCCUUCAAGACCCGAUGAGGUCACCAUUGGAGCAGCAGGAAUGGUUGAGGAUGCGGGCAUUGCAACUUGGGGAGGAGAGAUUGGACAUUGAGACUGAAGCUCUGGCAAUAGAGAGACAGAGGCUCAAGUGGCAGAGGUUCAGCAGCAAGAAGGAUAGGGAGAUUGAGAGAUCGAGGCUGGAGAAUGAAAGACUGAUGCUUGAGAAUGAGCGAAUGAUGAUGCAGAUGAGGCAGAAGGAGUUGGAGCUGCAUUUCAAGAGGUCUGGAGACUCAUUAGAGUCUGCUGGUUUUGGGACAGAGGAAGAGCAAGGACGAGAGCAGAUGGAGCUUGGAAGGGUCCAUUAAGAUUUUGUCCUUGAGACUAACCAUUGGCGUUUCUAAUGCAUUGAUCGUUGCCUUUGUUGUUGAGGUUUCUUCUGUACAGCUGGGGAGGUAUUAUUGGUAGGCAAUACUUCAUGUGGCUUUCUCUGAAUUCACCACGUGGACAUCUUCAAUUACGUUAGACAUCCUAUCUACUACUAGUUGGGCAUCAAUAUUGAUUCAAAUGCAUGAGUUGCUUGAUACAAGAGGAGCUUUCAGACCUUUGGCUGUUUGACUGUGAUUAAAUUGGCCGACUUGAAUGUCUCAGUCUGGUAUAUCAAGACCCUAUGCUUUUUAACAAUGUCCAGUUGUGAUUCAUGGGUAUUUUUGGCUAGUGGCUACUGAUACAAAGGUUAAAUCUAUGUAGGAUUUCAGUAAAUCAUGCAAUUCUAUUCGAAGCUUGGACAGAAUACUGUUGAAGGGCGUUUGAGAAUUAGUCUGAAACUGUGGAUAAUGUCUUGUAUUCUAUUAGAUGUCUCUAUUCUCUCUCUCCCAAGUGGCCUUUCUUCUCUUGGGAGACGACUACAUAAAGAGUUCUUCGAGUACAA